AUGUCUCAGACCGCACAGGCUCAAGUGGCCAUUCCCAUUGGCAUCGUUCGUGAGCAGCGCCAUGUUUUCGAAGCUCGUAUAUCAGUACAUCACUACGAAAACGACCAUGUCUAUAUUGGUCGCGCCGCGCGGAACUUGAACAGACUCGCUCGCCAUGGCCGUACAUACGCAGGAUAUUUGCGUUCGGUCGAAAAUGCAACGCUAUUCGACCUACCUCAACACCUCGUCAGCUUUUUGAGAGACCAUGAUAACCUCUAUCGUGCUGCAGUGCGCAAUCGUUCAGUUGCCAGGAAGGCCAUGGCCACCCCGGACAUGGAUGUGAUAGAGCAAGUCAAGCAUAGCCUCAACAACAUUCGAACCGCCUACUAUAUCAACGUCAUCGAGACAUCCAACUCCAUAACCGAAGCCCAGCGUCUACAACGCGACCCCGUGUUCGUAGAAGAGUUCAACUCAUGCACCCACUCCCUCCAAGACGAAAUCAUCCGCCUCCUCGCCCGCCUCGAGCGCCUCCUCCCCAGCCUGACCAAAGACCCCGAGCUCGAAAACAUCGGCCCGGACCACGACAUCAACGACUUCGGCCACGAACUCCCCCUCCCCACCUCCACCACCCCCGAUCCCCACGCCGACGCCUCGCACUGCUGCAUCUGCCUCAUGCCCUUCACCCCCUCCCACCCCGCCUUCCACAUCUCCGCCUGCGCCCACACAAUCGGCGCCCCCUGCCUCGCACACUGGCUCAACAGCACCGCGCGCAACGCCAACCUGUGUCCGCACUGCCGCACCCCGCUGUGCGCCCGCCGCGCCCGCCGCCCCAAGAGCAUGCGCGAGCCGCGCGCCGUGGUCGAGUUGCUCGACCGCGCGUUCCUGGUGCUCGGCCGCAUGGAGCGGCUGCAGGAAGAGCUGUUUGGGAGGCUCAGGGCGGAGGACUAUAUGAAGGCUGUGGGGGAUGAGUUGAAUUAUCGGUUGUUUGAGGGGGAUGUGGGGUUUUGUUUGGUGUGUGAUGGGAGGAUGAGGGGGGUUUGGGAGGUUAGGAGGGCGAGGUGGCAUUGA